AUGGCCUCCUCUGGACCUCCCACAGAGCAGCGCCGGACUAUCAAGCCGCCGCCAAGCCUUCGCUCGCCGGAAGAGCAGCAGAAGUUGCGCGACCAGCAACAGAGCCGGCUGCAAGAGCGACGCGAACAGCAGCAGCACCAGCACCAGCAAGGCCAAGCGCCGACCUCGUCGUCUCAGUCCGGCCCAGCCCAGCCCCAGAAGUUCGGGCGAUUCCUGGAAGUCCCGAAAGACAAACAAGCAGAUAAGAACAUUGAGCCUCGCUGCUCUCUGUCCCCGGGCAAUCAGCAACCCCAGCCACAGCAUCGUCCUCGCAAAUUCGGACAGUUCCUGGAAGUGCCGAAGGAGAAACACAUGGAGCGGUCCGACGAGCCCCGCAGCCCUUCAUUCGUCGUCAAAGAGACGCCCCUUUUCGAGCGUCUCGACGCCGAGUUCGAUUCCAGAGCCGACUAG